UGCAGCUUUAUUAUUCGUGUCACCUUGAAGAGUUGCACUUCGAUUAAUUUUUUUUAAUUUGCUGUAACUACCAUUUUACUUGCAAUUAUGCAAUCAAUAAAUUUUACACUGUCACUUUUUCUAAUUUGUGUCCUAAUCGUGCCAACUUCACAUGGACACCCUGCCGUCCAACGAUAUAAAGAAAGCAAUAUCAUUGGUUACUUAUCCGGAAUUUUUGGUACUCGUAGCAUUAGUUGCCAUUCCUUGAGAGGAUAUUCCAUUUGCACCCAUGUUACUGGGUGGUGGCGGAAGUGCACUUGCGGAUCUGAAUGCGACCAAGUGGAUGGCUGCGUGUGCAAGAAAUGCGAAUCUGGUGAAAUAAACUAUGAAGUAGAAGAUAUGACGACGACUUUCAUGGAAGGAAUAAUACUUGAUGGUGGAGAUGUUCAAGUUAUGAGUGACACAGGGAUUGAUGAAGAUGAUGAAGAUAAUGAAGAUACCACGGGUCAAGAAAUUGUAGAAACAAUCGACAACAGCGACAUUGGUUGGAUACAUGAGUUAAGAAAUGAAGUACAAGAAAAGGUUAACGAGGUUGUCCACGACGUUGUCCACCUCGUGGAAGAGGAAGCUCCCAAAGUGGAAACUUUCCUAAACGAAACUUUGCAUAAGGUGGAAGACAAAAUAGUUCACUUUUACAAUGAGACGAAGCCAGUACUUCACCAUGUCGAAACUGAAGUUGUCACUGUAAUAGAAAAUGGGGAAGAUUUUGUCAAAAAGGAAUCCGAGGUUGUUGGGGGUGCCAUGAAAUCGUCGGUAACCUGGGUGAAGGAUACCUUCCACUUUUUAAAAAUCGUGAUGGAAGUCGUUUUAAUUAUUGCCGUGGGUUUCGUGCUGAUUAAAUUGAAACGAAGCGUGCAGGAGUUCAUGGGGCCAAAUAAUUCGCCGACUGGAAAGUACGGAAAUAAUAUCAACGAUAAUUCAGCGGAAAUUUCAUCAAUAAGUAAAGUUGUUGAUUACAAUAAGAACAAUGUGAACAAGGAGGAGGAAGAAUUUGAAGCAACACGACCAAAAGAGAAUAACUAAUAAUCAUUAUCCAAUAAUUCAAACAAAUGUUAUUUAUUUAAUUUUUAUAUACCAUUUUCGAAUUUUUAAGCUUUAAAAAUGAAAAAAAAAAAAAAUUUCUUGCCAAA